UUCGUGCCUCGAGGGACGUGGAUAGCAAAUUGGGACACAGCCAUGGAUUCGGAAUCAAUCCGCGUUGUGGAGUUUAUGAGGGAGGUUGAGGAGGCAGCUGAAGAUGUCCUUACAACCAAACAACAGAUCGUUGACCUGGACGUAAAGAGAAACCGGAACAGAGAAGCACUCAAUGCGCUGAAGAAUGAUUUGGGUUCAGAAAAGGUGAAGGUUUGCUUUGGUCAUAUGUUCAUCAAACUCCCCAAGUCCAAGACGAGAGAAAUGAUUCAGAGAGACCAGCAUCAAUUGGACAGUGAGCUGAAUGACCUUCACAAACGGCUAAAAGCAAAUGUCAAUCGUCUAAAUGAGACGCAGGGAAAGCCUGAGCUGAGCAGCUACAACCUUUUGCCGCUGCCCACGAAUGAAAUGAAAGCUAUUAAGAGCAUCUUAAAACGCUGACAUCGGAUCUCAUCGAGCCCGUUACAACAUAUAGGUUGCAUGUGUGCAGAUGUAUGUGUUGUUGCCCUGGUUACUUCAGAUUGAAGAAAAGGGCUUUUCACUGCUUCCAGUAGAUUUGUUUAGUCUUGUUUGGUCUUACAACAUGGACGUUGUGGCUAAUAUUUUCCAUAUCGCUGUAAUAAACACGAGGAAACGGCAAAUGUCUUUUGUAAUUUCAU